AUGACUGACUCCUUCUGCGAUGAAUUUAGCCAGGCGCUUGUCUGCGUUGGUGAUUCACAGAUCCCUUCCCAAGUUCCCGAUUCGCAGCCCAUGUACGAGUCCAAGGUCACCCCUCUGCCCGUCUUCGUGUUGGAGAAGAUGUGUGGCUUGAUUCAGAGUGGGGCGCGUACUGACAAAGGCUUCAAGGAAGUCCAUCUGAAUUUUGUGGCUAAGGGCCUAGCUGAGCACUGUGAUGUCUCCGUCUGCUCCACUCAGGUGUACAACCACCUGAGGAAGUGGAGGCAGAGGUGGCUCACCAUUAGCAGGCUCCGCGAUCUAAGCGGUGCUCAGUGGUGCGAGGACACCAAAUCCAUCGUCCUUGAGGGUGAGCACUACUGCGGGCACGUCACGGAUCACCCAAAGGACGCGGAGUUCCUCAAUGUGCCCAUCGCCGACUACGACGAGAUGCACACCAUCUUCUCCUUCGGCCUCGCCACCGACAAGUACGCCAUGGGAUCCAGUGAGCCCCUGGGCUCUGCUGCCCCUGCACCUGAGGAUGUUGACACCCAGGAGUCCGACACGGUGAACCUCGAUGCUGACAAGCCCACCGACGCGCCCGAGAAGCCGACCGCCGGCAAGAGGAAGAGAGGUGCCUUCGCGGACGACGAUCUGGUCGCCUUCACCAACAUGACUAUUGUUGUGAAGGAGGUCGCACAGGCCAUCAGAGCGAACAAGCCGACGGACAUGCACCCUGACCUCUACAAUGCGGUCAUGGACAUGCUUGGCUUCACCGAGGAUGAUCUGAUGGUCGCCCUCAGCCACCUUCUUGACCACAAUGCCCAGGGUUCUAGCUUCGUCGGCAUGAUCGAGCCACACCGCGUCCUCUGGCUGAGGAACUACCUUGGCAAGUACCACGGCAAGGUGUUGUGGUUCCCUUGA